AUGCAGCGCAGCGUCGAGGCGCUGCUGCGGGACCUUCAGGCGGUGCAGCAUGAACCAACGCACGCCGCGCUUGCUCUCAGUGAGCGGGCAGCGGCUGACCUCGUCGCGGUCUUGAAGUCCCUCGAUCUGCUGCCAUCGGUCGUGAUCGGGCGUGGGCGCAUCAUUGUCACAGAGGCGCACCUCAGGGAGGAAGUUCUGGUCGCCGCGGAGCGUGCCGGAGGACGUUGCAGCGUGGAUGAGAUAGCAGAUAGUUUGGAGCUUGACAGAGACGCGGUGCUGCGAGCAGUCGACCAGAUCGGGCGAGAGGGGACGCAGCUCAUCGAGAACGGUGGAGAACUGAUCACGCAGGCAGCAUGGGAGAGGCUUGGGCGCGAGGCGCGCCACUUCCUUCACCUGAGAGGCGGCGCGAUACCAGUGCCGACGGUGUGCGCGAAGCUGAAGCUGACCGUCGGCCUGACGAUGACGCUGCUGGAGCAGCAGGUGCAGCUGAGUGUGCGGGACGGGUGGGUGUACUCUGAUGCGCACCGUCAAGGCCAAGAAGCGCGGGUCCGUGGUGCGCUGCGGGGCUGUCUUCGCCCGACGAGGCGACACAGCAAAGUGGAUCCCACCGGCCGGAUCGCGACCGAGUUGGUGCGGCGGGGCGAUGUCGCAGGCAGUCUCGCCGAACACGUCUACACGCCCAAGGUCUGGGCUUCGCUGCUCAGGGACAUCGUCAGUGCAGCAGCUACGAAUCAGACAUCCGAGGGCGUGCGGCUCCGCCACGCCUCCAUCCACGACACACAGCUGCAUGCAGCGUUCGAGGGGCUGAGCGACGACCUCGAACAACACGGAUGCGCGGACAUUGCGGCCAUGCUCCCAAGUUAUUUAUCCCCCGAGGAUCUGCGAUGUGCGAUCGAUCUCUGGCGAGCACGCGAAUCGCCUGGAGACGGAGUACUUGUCACCGGGUCGUGUGUGGUUGUCAGCCGCGUCAAGCUGGAGCAACACCGCAGCCGCCUCCUCCAGGAAGCGCGAACGGCGGCCGAUCUCGUGAUGAGAGACUCUCGCACACAGACGCCUCGUUCCGGGGACGUGGAUGGCAGCGCACCGUCCUGCAGGCCUGUCACAAAAGACAAUCCUGUGCCGACCGCACCACCUGCGGAAGCGGUGAAUGACGCUUGGGUGGAACGCCGGUUGCUCGAAGAGUGGCCCGCUUUGCGGACGCUCGCCCGGAGCGCGGUGCGCGGCCUGGUCUCCGACUUGGCAGUGGACGUCGUGGCGAGGUUUGAGCAGCGCCUCCAGGAGCUGAGGGACCACGCAAAGGCCGUGGGCAAGCAGCGAGGAGCGUUGUGCGAGAAGAUUCAAGGACUGUGGGCAACUUUCGUGUUUCAUCUCGAGGGGCUCAUGGCUGCGGACCUACCUCAAGAUCUGCGAGCGGCACUCGAAGACCAUCUGCUGCAGACCAAAGCCGAAGGCAUUGCCGCGUCGCUUGGGAUACUCUGGACUCUUGGUGCCACGGAUCGGGAUAGGUUGUGCGGAGAAGGAAGGCUGGAGCGCUUCACAUCCAUGACAGAUCCGCAGGAAAGGACUUCCUGCGAGGAGGUCCUUCGAACGAUGGCGCAGCACGCGGCUCGCCCCGUCCCGACAGAACUUCACGACCUCCUGUCUUCUCGCGUGGGAGAUAGCGAUGCUUUCGCGUCGCGCGUCCGUGUUGUCGCGACCGCGAUGGAUGUACUGCUUGAUACCGCCACUGGAUCCUCCCGAGGUGUUCGCGCAGCAGACGACAUGAAACAGGCAGAGGCCCGUCGCCCGUGCAGUGUCCGCGCCGGUCGAUGA